AAUGAGCAACCUUCCAUCAGUCAAGAAUGUUGCGUUGCAAUGUACGACUAACUGAACAAUUUCAGUAUCCUCACCAAGCAAUCUUUCAUUCUUGAGGUUGGAGACGGUUGAUGAGCAAAAAUGGCAUCACCGGGUACCGCUCGAACCGUCCCGAACCGGUCAUCGGAAAGUACGAGGAAAGAGUUCGGGCGAGCCUCUUAGAGCAGUCCUCAAGGGCUGGCCGGCGACGCUUAAGAUUAGACACAUGCUCAUUGGUUACGAGCUCGUCACUGUUUAAAGUGAUAAGCAUAGCGAUAACGAAGAGGCCGGAAAAAGCGGAAUGCACGUCUUUAUAAUGGGAGUAGCUGGUCGAUCCUCGUGCUGCUGUUCGCCGUGGGACUUUGAUAAUGGAGCUUGACCUGCUUCAUUUCGCUUACUGACAGAGAGACGAGCGUGAUGAUGAUUCGUGCGGCUCAUCGAAUCGUUAAAUUUGACAAGAACAAGUGCGCUUGUCGUGUCAUUUCAUUCGGGCAUUGAGAUUAACUGGAGAUAUUUCGCUCUGGCCAACGGGGUUAAUGGUUCGUGAUGCUGUGAUCUGUCUUUUGUCAAUUUAGCAUGCCGAGCGCUCGGAAGUCAACGCGCGCUCGAAUCCCCAAGCUGCAGUCCGUCUUUUCGUUCGGACGUGAAGGCCCCGUCAUACAAGAAGGCCUAUCGCCAUCGCUUUCGCAAGAUGCCGAAUAGUUUCUCUCUCUCUCUCUCUCUCUGACCUCGUCCAUUUCUACCACCAGAUUUGCUCGUUGUGGAAUUUCCUAAUCUCUUCCCACAUCUGGCGAGAGAAACAGAGUACCCGGGAUUUCUCCGUGCCUUGGAGUGAUUUCUUCUUUCAAGUUUGGUCUUUCCCUUUUUUUCCUGGUAGAAUUACUUCGACAUGGGCAAGAAGCGUGUAAUGUUACCAGCCGAAGAGCUCGACUUGUCUACUGUCAAGUAUGAGGUUGAAGAUAUUGACGCUCCGCAUCUGACCGGUCUCACGUUCAGGCUGUUUGUCAAGAUACUCGAGGCACCACUAAUUGGCCCUGCUGUUAUCUCUUACUUGAAGAACAAGAAUCGAAUGGUUGAGUUUCUUAGGAGUACUGUGAUACCAGAGCCACCAAUGUAUAGACCUGAAUAUCCUCCUCAAGAUCCGGAGCCUGGCACCAUCUUAUUGGAUGAAGAUGGAAAUCCUGAAGACCGAGUAGAAUUAGCGUUGAAAUGUCUUCCAGACUAUGAUCCUGCCAACUCCUGGAAUGGCAAUCUCAGUCAAUUUCGCUACUGGAAAAUACGGGAUUAUGCGUAUGCUUAUCGUUCUAAACUUGUAACCCCAUCCAUGGUGGCAGAGCGGAUUAUUACUGUCAUUGAGGAGUUUAGCCAUAAGAAACCUCCAGCUCCUCUACUAAUUUCUUUUGACGCUGAGGAAGUCAGGAAACAAGCUGCAGCUUCCACAAAGAGGUUUGAGGAAGGGAAGGCGUUAUCAAUCUUGGAUGGGAUUUUCAUGGCAAUUAAGGAUGACAUAGGCUGCCACCCAUAUAUAAUGAAGGGUGCAACAACUUGGAAGGAUGAAACUAAUUCGAAUAAUGAAGAUGCAGUUUGUGUUUCUCGAUUACGUAUCUGCGGUGUGAUCUUGGUGGGCAAAGCAAAUAUGCAUGAGAUGGGCAUGGGCACAACUGGAAACAAUCCUAAUUAUGGAACGACAAGGAACCCUCAUGCCCCAGAAAGGUACACUGGUGGAUCUUCCUCUGGACCAGCGGCAAUUGUUGCUUCUGGAAUUUGUUCUGCUGCACUCGGGACAGAUGGUGGAGGUUCAGUUCGAAUACCUUCUUCCCUUUGCGGAGUAGUUGGACUGAAAACAACAUAUGGGCGAACAGAUCUUAGGGGUUCGCUAUGUGAGUCUGGGACGGUUGACAUUAUUGGACCAAUUGCAUCAUCGGUGGAAGAUGUCACACUAGUGUAUGCUACAAUCCUGGGAUCCUAUCCUAUGGACAGAAAUAUUUUGAAACCUUCACCGCCUUGCUUGCCAAAUUUUCCAUCUAUUGAAAGUUUGAAUGCCGUGGGGUCGUUGCGUCUUGGAAAAUAUACUCAAUGGUUCAACGAUGUUCAUUCAACUGAUAUCUCUGACAAAUGUGAGGAUAUUCUGAAUCAGCUAUCUAAGACCCAUGGCUGUGAAGCGGUAGAGAUUGUUAUACCUGAGCUGCAUGAGAUGCGCACUGCUCAUCUAGUUUCAAUUGGAUCCGAGAUGUUAACUGCAUUGAAUCCUGACUGUGAGGAUGGGAAAGGUAAAGAGUUGAAUUAUGAUUCGCGGACUAGCAUGGCACUGUUCCAGUCAUUCACUGCAUCAGAUUAUGUUGCUGCCCAGAGUAUUAGGAGAAGAAUAAUGUACCAUCAUAUGGAGAUCUUCAAGAAAGUUGAUGUCAUAGUGACGCCGACUACUGGAAUGACAGCACCUAAAAUACCUCCUAGUGCCCUUAAAUAUGGGGAAACGGAUAUGCACGUUACAGGUUACCUCAUGCGAUUUGUCGUUGCAGCAAAUCUUCUAGGUCUCCCUGCCAUUUCUGUCCCUAUCGGGUAUGAUAAGCAAGGCCUUCCAAUUGGUUUGCAACUGAUGGGCCGUCCGUGGGGUGAAGCUUCAAUUUUACGCCUGGCUUCUGUAGUUGAGGAACUCUCCGGAUCUAAGAAGAGGCCUGUAUCAUUCUACGAUGUUCUGAAGGAAAGCUGAAUGCAGCUUAGCUCCUGUUGCUGAUGUUUCUCUCCCGCUGAUUGUAUGGGUUUUCAAGCACACGGGGAGAUCUUUGCAGUGACUUUAUUGCUCCUGAUUUAGCGCAGACCUCUCUGUUUUUAAUGUCAAUUUGGAAAGGACUUGGUUUUCUGUCUACUUUUGUGGCUAAGAUAUUGGCUUUUGUAAAGUUUAAUUACCAUACGAAGAUUCGCUUUUUAUCAAAUAAAUCGUUUAUGCA